AUGCAUCUCUCGCUCCUCUCCGGAGCGGUUUUGAGCCUCGUUGCUCCUACCCUCGCGGUUCCCAUCCAAGACAGCCCUCGCCAGCGUCUCCUCGACGGGCACAGUCUCCCCACGAAGUAUCGCACCGGAUCACCUCCCUACACUCCGGGUCACAAGGACAAGUACGACGGGCCCAUCGAUUCGGUGGGCGACGAACUUGAUCCGCUCCCAUACCGCAAUGGCCUUGGUGCUUCUGUCCUUGGUCCAUGGAAUGAGGCUCGAUCCAGACAAAACCCUGAUCUCGUGCGACCUCCCAGCACGGAUCAUGGUAACCUGGCCAACAUGCGCUGGAGCUUCGCCGACUCCCACAUCCGCAUUGAGGAGGGCGGCUGGACCCGACAGACCACGGUUCGCGAGCUUUCUACAAGUGUCGAAUUGGCCGGUGUCAACAUGCGACUUGACGAGGGUGUGAUUCGUGAAUUGCACUGGCAUAAGGAAGCUGAAUGGGCUUAUGUUCUCGACGGAAGUGUUCGCGUCACUGCUAUUGACUACGAAGGCGGCAACUUCAUUGAUGAUUUGGAGAAGGGCGACCUCUGGUACUUCCCUUCCGGUGUUCCUCACUCCCUCCAGGGUCUCGGCGAGAACGGAACCGAAUUCCUCUUGAUCUUCGACGACGGAAGAUUCUCCGAGGAGUCAACCUUUAUCCUGACGGACUGGCUCGCUCACACGCCUCGCUCCGUCAUUUCUAAGAACUUCAAUCUGGCACCAGAAAUUUUCGCCCAUAUCCCUGACGGUGAAAAGUACAUCUUCCAGGGAACUACCCCCGGCUCGAUCGACCACGAAGCCCCCACUGGGAAAGGCGUCAAGAAGUCGAAGCACCAGUUCACCCACAAAAUGCUAGCUCAGGAACCGAAGAAGACCUCUGGUGGCGAAGUCAGGAUUACAGAUUCGAACAACUUCCCGAUUUCCAAAACCGUCGCCGCUGCUCAUGCUAUUAUUGAGCCUGGUGCUCUCAGAGAAAUGCACUGGCACCCGAAUGCUGAUGAAUGGUCCUUUUUCAUUAAGGGACGUGCUAGAGUUACGAUUUUCGCCUCGGAAGGAAACGCCAGGACCUUCGACUACGUGCCCGGCGACGUCGGAAUCGUCCCAAAGAAUAUGGGCCACUUCGUCGAGAAUAUCGGCGAUGAACCCCUCGAAAUGCUCGAAAUCUUCCGCGCCGACGAAUUCAGAGACUUCUCAUUGUUCCAGUGGAUGGGAGAAACACCAAAGAAGAUGGUUAUCGACCACCUCUUCGCCGAGGACCCCGAGAACGGCGAGAAGUUCUGGGAGAAGGUCCGCAGCGCCGAAAAUGAUGAGAUCACUCUGCCGGACGCCCUCGAGGAGGAAGAUGGCACUCGAACUGAGGAACUCUGA